AUAAGAUUCGACAUUUGGUCUGGACAGCCUACAGCCAAAGAGUCACAAUGUCCUAGCCCGCCAACUCAUAAUGGGGUGGCUGUUAUUGUCGUUAAUCUAUCUCUAGAUCUAGCUCUGACACUCUUUCACUACAGACAAAGCGUACAAAAGGCGGCUUAAUUGACCUGCCAAAACAAGCUGCACGCGGCCGCUGUCCAUUUACCGUAAAGGUAACUACUAGUAGUUGCGGGGACAAAAUGCGUCCACAUUUUUGUAGAGCAAACACCGGACUUUGGAUUCCUCCCGUUAACUACUUAACAGAAAAGGAAGAAACUGAGGAAGAUCAUAAAAAAACACCUUCUUUAUAUCACCAGGUGUUUGGUAAUGCACCCCUCAUAAGGCGUUCAAAAAAUCAAGCAUUCGAAGGUAUAAAGGAUUCGUAAUUGUUUCUAUGAUAUACCCAUUAGUCAAGCCUGUUAUUAAAAGAAGAGGCGAUGAUGGUAGAAAUGCCGAGAGCUUUAUGGAAUGAUUGAACUGUCAGCACCAGACGUGACCGCGGCGUGGUGCCAUUCAUGGCGGCCUGACAGGAGCAGGUGACACGACCUGCCACAUGUCACGGGCAGACGCGCGCUCCUGGCGCUGAGGAGGACUAGUACUGCACAUCCAGAGGUGUGGCGUCCGGAGCUAGUCUUCAUGUCGUGUGCUGCAUGGAAGUCUUCUUAUGACACUGUAUUCUAAGCCAACAAGACACUUCCAGCCCGAGACGUGCGAUAAGAGCCAAGAGUGAGCACAGACAGCCCAGCCGGCAUGUACGGUUUGUACCUGGACACCAUCCACAGGUAUCUCAGAGGAACCUAUGGAGACGAUGUCUGGAAGCUUGUCCGACACCGUGCUGGUAUCAAGGUGUGGACCUUCCACCUUAAUCAGACGUACUCGGACCAGUACAUCUUACGGAUAGCACGAGCCGCCAGUGAACUCAUCGGCAAACCUCAGGAGACUUUACUGCGUGAGUUUGGAGCCAAUAUGCCGUCGAUGUAUGCAGACAAUGGCUACGAAAAGACCCUGAGAACCUUGGCCCGCCACGUGAGAGGCUUCAUCGACGAACUGGACAACCUUCACGAACAGGCUCGGUACACGUUCCCGAAAAUCAAACCUCCGAGCUUCGUUUGCAAGGAGGAAAGCAGCGAGGGACUAACUAUCCGGUAUUACAGCCGCCGGCGUGGACUCCUGGAUCUGGCGCAAGGCAUUCUGGAGUCCAUCAUCAAGUCCUACUUCGAAGUCGAGGUCGAGUUUCAGACGCUCACGUCCACGGAGAACAGCGCCACCUAUUUCCGUAUGCUGUUUGACAACCACUGGCACACCUCGCUCGUCCAGAAGCACCGCAGCCUCGCAGCGCCGGAUUUCGCCCCCAUCCCGGCACGCAGCUUCCUCGGCCUCUUCCCGUUCUUUAUUCUGUUCCGAUCGGACAUGGAGAUAUACAUGGUCGGGGAAGGAAUUGACCGUAUGUUACCUGACAUCCUGUCCGAGAUGCUUAACGACACGUUCAGCAUGGUCAGGCCUCAGAUGGAGUUCACCUGGAAAAACAUAAUUCGGCAUCCGUCGUGCAUCUUUGAGCUAGUGUCUGAUCAUCCGGUCAGACAGAACGCGGUCGAUCUCUCGGAGACGGCCUCCCGGGAUAUCGCACGGGAGAACUCCUACGAAAGCAAAGAUGGCGACAACGCACAGUUGCAAAGAUCGACGGACCCACCUGAACAAAAAGACGGAGCCAUGGAGACGACAAUCCCAGACGAUCCCAGUGCAGUUGUAAAGGAAGCCAUGAAGGAGCUGAACCUGGAGGCAAAAGAGGUGCCCAACGACCCUCAACUGAUGGCUUACCAGCUUGUCAAGGACGACCCAAAAGAUUUAGACAAAAAGGAGAUGAAACAAAUCGCGGCAUCUGACGUGAAGCCGAUCCCAGUGGAUGCAAAGGAAGCUGUGCUGGGGCUGCAGAUGAGUCAGAUUGCAGUUGCGGAUCAACAGCCGUUAGAUGCGCAGGCGAUCAUGCAGGCUAUAGAGGAAGGAGAAGCAGCAGAGGACCCGGUGACGACCUCUCACAGGUUCCUCAGCCUCCGCGGCCAGAUGAAACACAUCCCCGACUGGAACUCCGUCGUCUUCCUCUGUACACCUGUAAUGACAGACAUGGAGGACAUGAGGGGCAAUGGGCUCUUUUUGAACGACUACAGCAUGCAUGACCUCAGUAGAGAUAUGGUCGUCAAUGGGAUGAACAAGACUGUGGAAGAAAAGCUGGCCUUGACCAAGGAGGUGAAGACCACCGAUCAACUGGAGGAAAAUCUGAAGAAACUGGAGAAGGCGAAAAAGAAGACGGAUCAGCUGCUGUAUGGGAUGAUCCCCAAGCAGGUGGCAGAACGCCUGAAACAGGGCGAGCCGGCACUCAACACCUGCGAGACGUUUGAAAGCGUCACCGUUCUCUUCUGCGAUGUGUUCGGGUUCUCCACUAUCUGUACCCACCUGACUCCCAUGCAAGUCGUGAAGCUGUUAAACGACCUGUAUACUUUAUUUGACAACCUGGUGGACAAGUAUGAUACCUACAAGGUAGAAACAGUAGGGGAUGACUACAUGCUUGUUUCCGGAGCGCCAGUACGCAUCAAAGACCACGCGGAGCGCAUGUGUGAUAUGUCUUUGGACAUGCUGGUAGCAGCCAAAAAUAUCAUCGACCCUGUCACUGAAGACCAGAUCGCUAUCGGAUCGGGAUGCACACCGGUACCGUUGUGGCUGGAGUGGUGGGGAUCAAGGUCCCGCGGUACUGUCUGUUUGGGGACACUGUCAACGUGGCGUCCAGAAUGGAGACUACAGGAAAGGGUAACUACAUUCACCUGAGUCAGACCACCCGGGAGGAGAUAAGGCACCUUCCCUAUGUCAUUGUCGAGAGGGGCGUGGUGACCAUUAAGGGAAAAGGCAAGAUGAAGACCUACUGGCUACUGGGUCGAUCAAACAACGAUGAAACUUUAAAUAGCGGCUCAGGGACAGACACAAACUACACCACCUCCAGGGCCUCUUCAUUCCAAGACAAUACGACUUGUCCAGCUGCAGUGAAACCCACAGCCUCUUUGGAGGAAGCUGA